AUGAAGGACUCCAAGCAUGACUCCGUGAUCUCGAAGCUGGAGAAGAAGAUGGAGAAGGUGGAAAAGGUGGACACAUACCUGUCCUACUGGACUGUAGUCACUGGCCCGCGCGCCUGGAUCCACGGCCACAAGCUCGCAGUCAGGCACCGCAUCAUGGUCAUCCCGGGCAACCACCCGCAAUCGCCGUGGGCAGCAAGGACGUUCGAAGAGUUCUGCGACAACGUCUUCUUGUGGUCGACCACUAAAAUUGGCGACCACCGUACGUUCUCGAGUAUGGUGUUGAACACCACAUGGCGUGACGGUUCUGAGGAUACGGUGGCGGAUGAUGACAACUGGGUUGAGGUCUUCGACAAGGUCACGAAGCAGGGUCUUGGUUCGAUGGCGGUCCUUCUGACGCCAGUGGAGGUUGAGGAGGUGGUGGAGGAGAGCAAGGAGAAGGAUGGAGAGCGGGAGACUGAUGGAGGAGCAAAGCGCUUCGGAAAGCGCGUGUUGAGAGCUUUCUGCUUCUAA